UUUUGCCUUAUUUUACUGCCUUCAGAAACUGAGAGAAAAAAACAGACAACUGAUCCAAGAGAACGAAGAUCUUCUUUACCAAAUGAAACAAAGAACAGAGAACUGUAGAAAAGAAAAGGUCUGGAUUCUUGAAAAUGUGUGUAAAAAGCAAGAUUAUCUUUACACACAGCACACACUGACUUUACAGGAACUACACAAUAUCAGUUUAAACGUGGAAAGAUUGCAAGACCUCAUGAAUUUCCAGAUAAAAAUUCUUCAGCAAAAGUCUGAAAAGGCGGGAGGAGAAAACUCAGAUGUGUCAGAAGAUUUAGUAUUAAAAACAGACCAAGCAGCUAAUGAAGAAAGGAAGACUGACCGGUCAGUGGAAAAGCAAUAUCUUUGGCAGGCACACACCAUCCUGCAAGAGAUAAAAGAAUCUUUACAGAAACGAGAGAGGGAAGUCACUGAGCUCUUACAGUGUGAAAGAAAAUUUAACAAGGCAAUGAAACCCCAAGUGACAGUGCUAACAUUCUUGAAAUCGCUUAUCAAGAUGGUUCACACCAUAUAUUGUGAUGUCCCUGAGGCACAGCAAUGCAUCCAUCAGCUUCUCAGGAAGAACAAGGAUGAAAGCCCUGAUCUGGAAGAAGUUUUUAAUCAUGCUCAGGCUGACAUUCUGUCCUAUGAAAUAUUUUCUGGAAAUGAACUUAUGGAUGACACAAGGACACACCUCCCAGCGAGCCUUUUCAGAAACAUUGGGAAAGCAAAGUCUGAUUUAGAACAUGUUGAAACGGAAAAAAUUGUUUUAGACUGUAUCCAGACAGGAGAAAUUCCCAACUGGAUUAAAAGGGAUUGUCUUUAUGUAGCCUGGUCAGAAGACCCUGCAAUAUGCUCUGAGGAGACAGAGUCACCAUUCUGAGGAACUCAUGCAGAAGUUUAAAAUGGAAAUCAAGGUAAUAUCUUACAGUGUAUCACCCCAUAUGGUUUUUAAUAAGUUAUUUAUAAUGUGCUCAUUUUCCCAGCUAUUCUUAAGGGAAUUGAGAUUUGCUCCUUUUCUGUGAUGUCUAAGCACAUUUAUAUCCAAGAAUGAGAUAGUUUUGCUAACUAGUGAAUUUCAGGGUUACAGUUUUCUGUAUAUGAGAGAAUUCCCAUGUUGAAUUUUGCACCUGUAUAUCUGUUGUGUUGCUCAUGUACAAGUCUUUAUGCAUCUUUCUGGCCCUUGAUAUCUAUCACAAGUAAAAUGUAUUAAAAUCAUAGAACUCUUUAGGCUGGAAAAGACCCUUAUGAUCAUUCAAUCCAACCACUAACCCAGCACUGUCAAGUUGACUACUAAACCACGUCCCUGAGUGCCACACCUACAUAGUUUUCUAAAUACCUCCAGCUACAGUGACUCAACCACUGCCCUGAACAAACUGUUCCGCUGCUUGGUAACCCUCUACAGGAAGAAAUCUUCCCCAACAUCCAAUCUAAACAACUUGUGACCAUUUCCUAUGGUCCUGCCAUUUGUUUCCUGGGAGAAGAGGUAUUUCUCCAUCAGACUCCCACCAACUUUCAUGGAGUUGUAAAGAGCAAUAAGGCUCCCCUGAGCUUCCUUUUCUCCAGGCUAAAAACCCAUAGUUGCCUCAGUCAAUCCUCAUAGGAUUUGUG